AUGGCUGCUUCCACCGCUGCUGCUGAAAUAAUCGGCGGCAACAAGAAGCUGGCGGUGGAGAUCCUUCAGCGUCUGCCAGCGAAAUCCCUCAUUCGGUUCAAGUCAGUCUCGAAAGCAUGGCUCUCUUUCAUCUCCGCUCCUCGCUUCUCUCUCCUCUGGCAAUCCCAUCAUCAUCCCAAAGUCUCCGGCCUUUUCUUCAACCCUAGAUCCCGACCUGAAACCAUCAAAUACGUUCCUCUCACUCACUCCGACGACUUAAGGAAUCAAUGUGAUAUUGCAACCGUUAUUAAUGGUGGAGAAGAAAACAAUUCACCUGCUGCUAGAAUCAUAGACUCUCGUAAUGGUUUUCUACUUGUCUAUUUUUCUAAGCUGCAGAGCUGUAGUUCCGUUUGGAGGGAGUCGUACUCGUACCACGUUUAUAAUCCUACUACCAAGCAAUUCUCUACUCUUCCGUGGCCUUUUCCGGUCACUUUCACUUCUUUCCUUGGUGACAAUGUAUAUUUGGUUUUCGAUCCUUUAAAAUCACUUCACUACAAAGUUGUUUUGGUAAUUAAGGCUUCAGAGCCUGGUAGUGCCUGCUCGAUUCAAAUACAUAUUUAUUCGUCAGAAACCAAUGACUGGCGGAGAUCACCAUUAAAUGGUGAUUUUCAUAGUGUGGACUUGAGUGAAGGAGUCUAUUGCAAUGGUUCCAUCCAUUGGCUUUCUUUCCGCGAAGAAAAAACUUCCUUAUACUGGGAUGUUGAUCAAGAAAGAUUUUGCCCAAUGCCAUCUCCACCGCAUAACUACACUACAGGUUUUAAAUGCCGGAAUUUUGGGGAGUUCGGAGGUCAUUUGCAUUAUAUUAGAUAUUAUGAUAAUAUGGGAUUCAAUGUCAACGUCUUGGAGAUGGAAAGUGAUUACUCCAAGUGGACACCCAAGUAUUCGACGACGAUGGUUGUUGAUCUUUCAUUAGAGGUUGUCCGCAUGGAUACAGCGCUUAGUUUAAUCCAUGUUGAAGAUGAAGGGGAUGUGUUUUUGGUACUUCUUGUACGUACCGAGAUGAAUUAUAUGAUCAUCUCCUACAACAUUAAGGAGAACACCUUUAAGAAGCGUGUUGAUGUACCACGCCAUCCUAUUGCAUCUUGGAAGAGGAAGAUGAAGAGGAAGAAGCAGCCGGAAGACCAAUCAUCCAAAAUCACAUCCAUAAAUUUAGAAGGAUUAGCGGAAGCAAAAGGCCAAGUACGAAGUGUUUCAAGCAGGUAA